GAAUCGUUUGGGCUGUGAUUUAGCGCUCCUCGGGAGCUGCCUUUUCUCCGGUCUUCUGCACGACGCGCUGUUACAGCGAGCGGGCCGCUGCUGGCCAUUCCUCCUGGAGUAUCCAGAGACCUUCGAGAAGUGAAGACUCCACUGCUCUACAGAGGAGAGGGGUCCUGUCAGCCAUGAAGCCUGUGCUGAACCUCUAUCUCUUAGGUGUGGUGCUGACCCUGCUCUCCAUCUUCGUUAGACUGAUGGAGUCCCUGGGGGGCUUACUGCAGAGCCCAUUGCCUGGGAGCUCCUGGGCCACCAGAGGUCAACCAGCCAGCACAGAGCCCGAGGGUGUUCCAGACCAUCCAUCCAGAGGGGUGUGAUAAGCCCUCUCUCCACCAGCUGUAACCUUGGAACACUGGCGUAAACACAUCCAGGCAGGUGUCCAGUUCCUGGGCAGGAAAGCUCAGAACCUCAGUGUUACCAGAACUGUUACCAGGCCCAUGAAGGGCCUCCACCUGGAUGCUUCUUGCCCUGGAAGAAGAGCCUGUCUAAUAUACAGGUGUUAGUGGGUUGCCUGUGACUGCGAUGGAACGCUUUCACUGUCCUCCCCAGGGUCUGCUGUACGCGCUGGUGUCCUUGGCAGCAUGGCUCUGAUGCCUCUUAGGGACUUGUGCUUCAUAUUCAGCUGUUGGGAGAUGGUGUUGUCCUCAUCUCUGCUUCAUCAACAUCGGACAAGAGUUCCUUCGGGCUUGGGUGUCUUAUGGUCAGUUUAUGUGGUAGUCAGCUUCUCUUCAUGAGAGCUUGUCUGUGUCUGGACGACAGUUGAAGUGGUAUAUGGGUUGGCUGUAGGGAGGGGGAUGAUGAAACAGUCAGUGUCCACCUCUCAUUGUUUCACAUGGUAGAGUCCUUUCUCCAGCAGAGCAUGUGUGCGUGCAUAUUGGUCUGAAGGGGGCAGUGGGAUGACAAAGCCUGCGUUAUGGCCACCAUGUGGCUUAAAUGAAUUUUUCUAAUGAAAUAAAAAUUGAAUAUAUACUUCUA